UAAUCACUCUACGCUAUAUCUAUUAUCUAUUGGUUCUUUAAUAUUAUUUACCUUAGUGAUUACUGAUUAGGUUAUAGGUAUAAUUUCAAUUUUAACUUUUUGGACCUAAGUGCUAAAUAAUAACAAUGGCCCAUUCAUCGGGAUCUAGUGGCAAUUUGAAAAGUGGACUUAUAGAUUUUACAGCAGGGUCUCUAGGUGGAAUAGCUGUAGUUUAUGUUGGACAGCCCUUAGAUACUGUGAAGGUUAAAAUGCAAACCUUCCCUCAUCUAUAUAAGGGGAUGUAUGAUUGUUUGAAACAAACAUUUAGAAAUGAUGGUAUAAUCAGAGGACUGUAUGCGGGAACAACACCAGCAAUUAUGGCUAAUGUUGCUGAGAAUUCAGUUCUCUUUGCAGCUUAUGGUUACUGCCAAAAAUUUGUUUGCCAUAUGACAGAUACUGAGAGUGUGGAUCAACUAUCAACCCUGGGCAAUGCAACAGCUGGUUUCCUUGCAUCAUUCUUCUCAUCAUUCACACUGUGUCCAACUGAACUAAUCAAGUGCCAGUUACAAGCAAUGAGGGAAGUCAAUGUCCAAGGCUCGCAAACAGCUGUGAAAAUAUCUCCACUCCAGUUGACACAACAGAUAUUUCGGCAAUAUGGCAUACAAGGUUUAUUUAGGGGACUUGUACCCACUAUCAUGAGAGAAAUGCCUGGAUAUUUCUUCUUUUUCGGUGCAUAUGAAGGUACCAGAGAAUUGUUAGCGAAGCCCGGCCAGUCUAAAGACGACAUCGGUUUCUUCAGGACCAUGGUAGCUGGAGCAGUGGGCGGCUUAGUGCUGUGGACAGUCAUAUUCCCGUCGGAUGUAAUCAAAUCGCGUGUUCAAAUAUCGAACAAGAGCCAAAAAUUCCUAACUGUUGGUCUAGAGAUCAUAAGAAAAGAAGGAGCUUUAGCCCUUUACAAUGGGCUCAAACCUACGCUAGUUAGAACCAUCCCAGCCACGGCGGCACUCUUCGUGGUAUACGAAUACUCCAAAAAGUUUAUGCACCAAUCCUUUGGGGAUUGAUUAAUAUUAUAAACUU